GCUUAUGACUGCUGGUAAGAAAACUUAUGCGGUGAUACGUGCCGUAUAUAAUAACCAUCAUGCCCCUGACGAUUUCGAACGUGAACUGGAUUUUGUGCUCAGUCGGAAGGUUGCAAUGGUAAUCAUAGAGCCUGAGUCGCUUGGUGAAAUCACGUGGCGGUGGAUUCGAACAGGGAACUGGCUACACAAAUCAGCUGUUAUUUGUGGGGUGGCUGCAUUGACAACCGCUGGCGCCGGUGUCUUGUGGAAUUUCUACGGUUCUCCCAUCCUUCUCUCUACAUUCGAUGGCCGCUGGGUGGGAGGAGAAGAUGCUGAGUCCAUCUUAGUCACCUUUGUUCCCCACUUCCUUCGCUUGAGCACCGCUGUGUUCAGUGCACUCAGCGUCACCACUGCUGGCUCUUAUGCUCUUUUUUGGCAAUGGGAUCCCUGUUGCAAAUACCAAGUUGUCUCCUCUCUGGCAUCAUUGCCUCGGGGCUUAACUUCGGCUGCGACUUGCGGUGGAGAUAAACUAUCCCCCACUCAUCUCGACCAAUCCUUUCCUGCAGGUCUAGAUAGCAACGGCAACAGCUCCAACGGAUCAUCUGCGCUCAGCCAUCUGGUAGCACAAAACGGAAAAUCCCGUUCGCGUCCUGUCAUCUCCAAGAACCGACACCAUCCUAAUGGUCCUCCACUUCUCCCCGUGGUCCUUGUUCAUCGAGACGACUACCGGCGCAAAUUGCUGCACAACACCCUGGCCAUAACGUCCACUUUUGUCGCAGGUUAUAUUCUCUUCCGCUGGUCCAAAUCUGCAACGAUUCAAUGAAUUCUCCCCGGUCCAACUUCAGUUAGCUCAUCCACCUCACCGGUACUCGAGAAAUACCGUCAUUCACCUCGGCUCAUUCGUACAACCUUAUAGAUGUGCUUCAACCCCCUAUUUUUUCGCACACCCUUGUAUCAGUAGUUUUCGCGAUGUAUUGUCUGACCAUGCAAGUCAGAUCUUGCAACCAUUCUCUAGUUUCGAUCGCAUAGCUUACAUUCUUUCGAAGCUGUCUUUGUCCCUUGCUGUUGAGUGGUCGAUGUUUGUUUGUUUUUCCGACUGAUCUACGCGUCCCCUCUUUUUUAUUCGUCAGCUUUUCGCUGGAGUUUCUCUGACGAUACUGUUUUCGUUCUGUAUACACUGCUUCGCUUUGGCGAAACAACUGCGGUUCGCCGAAGUUGAAUGCUUGUACUUCUUGCUUCAACCAGAAGAAAUCAGGUCUCGUGAGUAUACGUAUGCGAUUGAAAACUUUCACUUUUUUUAGUGGAUGCCUAUUCUUGUCAGUUUUUGCUAUUUUAAACUGCUACAUCGUGACUACUUGAC